AUGCCUAGCCCAGAUCCAAAACUAGGUGGUUGGGUCAUCUGGUCAAAACGUCCCACAGAUCCAUCUACCGCUCCUGGUAUCAUCAUAUCACCUCUAGCUCAUCCUCCUCGCGAUGUCAUUCAAUAUGCACUCGACAUUCCAACCCCCCCUCCAUCUCCUACACCCGUCAUUAUAGAUCUAUCAGCGCCAACCGUGCCUUCUGAUCUCCCAGACAGUACAGAAUCAAAUACAACUCCUCCGCUUUCCACAGCAUUUGAUACACCUGUGCCCGGCUCACCGGAUUCUACUAAUACUUCACUUUCUCUUGCAAAGGCUUCCGAACAACCUGAAGAGAAACCUUGGGAGGAGGCCACGUCAUCCAACGCCGAACUAGAGCCUGAGCUAUCAUCCACUGAUCACGUAGAGGCGCCUAAGCUAUCCGAAUCUGAUACAGAACCUUUUACGUCCGCUGCUGCGCCUUCCUUAUCUGAUGCAGAGCCUUCUGCGGCUAACCCAUCCGAUAUAGAUUCUUCUACCUCCACCCCAUCUGCAGAAGCCUCCACGUCAGCCCCCAAACCCGCGCCCGCCCCAGCCCCAAAGCCCGCCGUAUCAUGGGCUUCUCUCCUCCGCAAACCCGGCCCCUCCAACCUCCCCGCAUCCUCUGUCGUAGGCUUCUCCAUCCCUGCCUCUCCUCCCCCUCCCCCAAACCACACCUCUCAAAAGACACCAUCCCACCCCAAAAAGUCCGAGCUUCUGACCCUGCUCAACUCCGGUGGAUCAUCCGCAGCUCCCAUGCGUAUCAGGCCACGCGGCCUCGUCAACUCUGGUAACUUGUGCUUCGCUAACGCGGUGCUUCAGGUCCUUGUGUACUGUCCUCCAUUCUGGCGUUUCUUUACGGAUCUCGGGCGCUUACUUGAGCCUACGGAGGAGUCUAAGACCCCGUUGGUCGAUGCUACCAUUCGGUUUGUAAGGGAGUUUAUGCCAAAAGAGAGGGUGCCUGUGGAGGGCAAGGGAAAGGGUGUAGAGCGCUAUGGAUCAAAUGGUCUUGUGCAUGAGGAAGUGAAUGAAGAUAUUAUGGAUUCGUUUAUGCCGACUUAUGUUCAUGACGCUUUGAAGGAGAAGAAGAGGUUCGAUCAUAUGCGCGGCGGACAUCAAGAAGAUGCAGAAGAGUUCCUUGGAUUCUACCUCGACACGCUCGAAGAAGAGCUCCUGACGCUCUCCUCGUCACUCGCUAACCCCAACCCAGUUCCAGCUCAGCAGAACCACAACGCUGCAGUGAACAACACGCAGGAAGAGGGCUGGCUCGAGGUGGGCAAGCGUAACCGCACCGUCCUCACGCGCUCUACAAAAACAGCUGACUCCCCCAUGACCCGUAUAUUCAGCGGCAAAUUCCGCUCCAUCCUCCGCGUACCACACCAAAAAGACUCUGCCGUUGUUGAAGACUGGCGUAGUCUACGGUUAGACAUUCAACGCGAUACAAUCCACACAAUCAAAGACGCCCUAACGCACAUCUCCACCCCCCAAUCCGUACAAGUCACAUCUGUAACCCGCCCAGGUGCCACCCUCGAUGCAACUCAACAAGUAUACAUCGAAUCCCUCCCUCCGAUCCUCAUCCUCCACCUCAAGCGGUUCUUAUACGAUGCUAAUAAAGGGGGUGUUGCAAAGGUUGGGAAACAGGUUGCGUUUGCGCCUGAGCUGGAGGUCGGGAGUGAGGUGAUGGCACCUGGGAGGAAGGUGAAUGGGACGAGGUAUCGGUUGUUUGGAGCGCUCUACCACCACGGCCUCUCAGCCUCGGGCGGACACUACACCCUUGACGUACUCCACCCCAACGUCGACAUGUCAACUCCACCCACAAAACCGCGCGAGGGGUGGAUACGCAUCGACGAUGAGUUGGUUUCGGAUCUGAGAGCUGAUGAUGUGUUUGGGACUGGAGGUGCGGAGAAGGAUGAGACAAUGAGGUGUGCGUAUUUGUUGUUCUAUAGGAGGAUUGGUGCGGGGAGGGUUUAA